AUGGUCAAUUACAAGCGAGUUGUUUGCGAGGUGGCGCUGCUGUUGGCGUUACUGUCCCUCGCUUCAGCGGCUCCAGCUCCAGCUCCUGACUGCGAUCACGCUCAUUACGAUCAACGACAGAACGGAACAGAAAAUUAUCGUUUGAAUAUUGACGGCGUUGUUAUCGCCGUUGCACCAGCAGAUACUCUGCUUGAAGCAGCCUCAGAUCUUAGUGACUAUUUUGAUCAAUCGAAUCUUGAAGUGCUACUCAAACCUUCGUCUGAGCAGUCGUCAGUUAAACCUGGAGAUAGCUCGAAGCCUGAGUCGGAAAAACCCCUGAGUGAAGUCAGCCUAAAUUCAGAUUUGUCCGCCCAAAAAAAAGAUGCCUCAGCUAGAAAACAGGAGAAAGCUCAAAGGCUGAAACAUCGGCUUGCAAAUGCCAUAAUACCGUUGCUACGCAGAACACGCCAUCAAUAAAAUGAAAAUGUUAGAAAUAGUGACUAAUUUAAGUUAAUAAGUGAUACACAGUGCAUUUAUAUAUUUAAUUAAUUUAACUUAGUUGGUAAUUAAUAACCGUACGAUUGUAUGUGAAUUGUUUCGUUGAAAAUAAAUGAUAUAUUUUUAUUGAAAAACCCUUAAA